GGUGCGCCCUUGACGUCAGACGGGAAGGUGACCGGCCAGAAGCAGAGGCGCCGCCAUGUUGUCGCUGACUGGUCGUUCUGGGCCCUUGGCGCCUUACUUGGCGGCGGUGGCGCAUGCUGUUCCGGGGCCCCUGAAGCCCCUGGCGCCGGCCUUGGCUCCGUCGGCAGCCAGAGUGCCGACCCUGGAAGCCAAGCGGCCUCUGCUUUGCCGGGAGUCGCUGCAGGGCCAGGCGGCGCGGGGAGGCCUCGCUGCCUCUGCCAGCCUCAACGCUCCUGCUAGCGUUCGUUUUCUCCACAAUGAUGUCACUGUGCCUGACUUCUCUGACUACCGUCGUCAAGACGUGUUAGAUAGCAAGACUUCCUCUCAAGAGAGCAGCGAAACCAGAAAAGCAUUUUCCUACUUUCUCACAGCGACAACUUGUGUGGCCUCAGCAUACGUUGCUAAGAAUGUUGUUACUCAGUUUGUCUCUAGCAUGAGUGCUUCUGCUGAUGUGUUGGCGAUGUCAAAGAUUGAGAUCAAGCUGUCUGAUAUUCCAGAAGGCAAGAACAUGGCUUUCAAGUGGAGAGGGAAGCCCCUGUUUGUGCGUCACAGAACCCAGAAAGAGAUUGAUCAAGAAGCUGAAGUAGCUUUGACUGAAUUAAGAGAUCCUCAGCAUGACUUAGACAGAGUAAAGAAACCUGAAUGGGUUAUACUGAUAGGGGUAUGCACCCAUCUUGGUUGUGUACCCAUUGCAAAUGCUGGAGAUUUUGGUGGGUAUUACUGCCCUUGUCAUGGUUCACAUUACGAUGCAUCUGGGAGAAUCCGUAAAGGCCCUGCUCCUUACAAUCUUGAGGUUCCAUCCUAUGAAUUCCCUUCAGAAGAUUUAGUUAUUGUGGGUUAAAUUGCUGGACCUAGAUACUCUUGUACACAUUGGAAAAAGAGGCUGGUGUAAUGUAAUGUAAAAAUGAGCCUAGUCAUAAAAUGUUGCCACCUGUUAAAGCUCACUGUUCAGUGGCAAUGAUUUGUUUGCAUACUUGGUCAGUUUUAAUAAAGGAUUAAACUGA